AUGCAGGCCCAUUUCCAGGUCAUUCGUGUAACCAAAGGCGGCUCUUACAUCCUUCUUGAUGAGGAUUCGGGAAAAGAAGUACCACACCGCUUUGCACCAUGGGACCUUAAACCUGCUUCAUUAGAUGAGCUUGAAGCCGACCCAACCGAACGAGAAGAACAUUUUGUGGUUGAAAGGAUCAUCGACUACAAGGGUACCAACCCCAACAAUCUUGAAUAA